UGCUUCCUUAUUUUAAAUUUUUAAGAGUUUUGACUCCUUUUUUUCAUCUCACCAAUGAAUUUUCCAUUUAAAAGUAACAAGGUGCUUUGCUCUUAUGUAACUGAAUAAAAAUAUGGUCCUGACUUCCUGUUAUUCAGAGAUGCAUUAUUAAUUUUUUGCUUUACACAAAGUUACAUAUGGCUUUUUCUCCUCAGCAUCGAUUCAGUUCUUUCUGUCUUCUUACAUUAAUCUCUUAAUCUUAUUAUUUGACGCUGUACUAAGAAUAAUUAUAUUAAAACCAUUCAAAGUUGUUUGUUUUACCAUUUUUCAAAAAAAAAAGUUUUUGCAAAAUGAAAAUGUCUUUAGAUAAAAUUACAAUGUUGAAUAUUUUUCUUCUACUUUUGUACUCAUUGAGAGGGACAACAUCCACUUCGUAUCAUACGGUUAAUAUUCAACAGGGUACCCUUAAGGGAGCAUCAGUCGAAACUGAUUUUGGAGAAUUUAUCUCCUUCAGUGGCAUUCCUUACGCUGAACCUCCAAUCGGAGAAUUAAGAUUUAAAGAUCCCCAACCAGCAAAAGCUUGGAAUGGAGUUCGAGAUGCAACAAUCGAAGGAAGAAUGUCAGCUCAAUUUUCCAUGUACGAUUUAAAAUUAGUUGGUGGCGAAGAUUGCCUUUACCUUAAUGUUGCAACGAAAAGUUUAUCAGGAAAAAAACCAGUUAUGGUUUGGAUACACGGAGGAGCAUUUAUGACCGGUUCCGGAAGCUACGAUCUAUACAGACCUGACUAUUUCCUUCAACAUGAUGUCGUUUUCGUCACACUCAACUCCAGAUUGGGAAUUCUAGGAUUUUUAAACAUGGGUGUCGAGAGUUGCUCCGGUAAUCAAGGACUGAAGGAUCAAAUUUUUGCCUUAAGAUGGAUCCAGGAAAAUAUCGAGGCCUUCGGUGGUGAUAAAGAUAGUGUCACCAUUUUUGGUCAAAGUUCUGGAUCAGGAUCUGUUCAUCUCCUCAGUAUUUCCCCUUUGGCGAAAGGACUAUUCCACAAAGCGAUCAUGCAAAGUGGAGUUGGUACGAAUCCUUGGUGUUCACCGAAAUCGAAUGACGAGUACGCUAGGAAAAUUGCCAUUGAUUUAGGAUUUACUUCGUUAAACAAUGCUGAAAUUGCUGAAUUUCUGCGAACCGUUCCAAUUGAAAAACUGUUUGAAACCGAAAGAAAACUUUUUCCUACUUUCCUAACUAAAAUGCGAUACAAUUUUAUUCCAACGAUUGAUGAUAAAAGUGUUAAUCCAGUCCUACCACGGCCACUACACGAAAUGAUUAAAAAUGGAAUAAAUGUUCCCGUAAUUAUUGGUUAUACUUCUCACGAAGGAAUUCCAAAAUUAGGGUACCCUGGAAUUAACGACCAUAUUAAGAAUCUAAACGAAAAUUUCCAAAAUAUUCUGUCUGAAGAUUUUCAUCUCAACUAUACCCUAGACUCAAAUUUAUGCAAGGAUGUAAGAAAUUUUUAUUUUAAAGAAAAUACGCUAAUAGACUUAAAGGACGAGAAUUUUAUUCAAUUCGAAAGUGAUUGGAAUUUUGUGUCCGGAAUUUAUGAUGUACUGGAAGUACAAUCUCAAAAAGCAACACCGACCUAUUUGUAUAAAUAUUCCUAUAAUACGGAAAUUUCGAUUAUUAAAAUGUUUAUCAACUCGAAUGUAAAAGGUGCUGCUCAUUCUGACGAUCUCACAAUUUUAUUCUACAUGAAAGCUUUUCCACCAAACAUGCAACUUAAAAGCGGUACAAUCGAUUAUUUGAUAAUGCAACGUAUGACUAAGAUGUGGACAGAUUUCGCAAGAACUGGGAAUCCAACACCUGAGACUAAUGAACUGAUUACCUCCAACUGGUCUCCGUAUAAUUCGAAUCAAAAAGUUUGUCUUCAUAUUUCUGAAGAGCUGAAGGCUGAAGGAAAUUUCGAAGAGAAAUCGUGGAAUGUUUGGAAACCUAUUUAUCACAAAGUCUUUUUUUGCAAAAUGAGAAUGUCUUUAGAUAAAUUUACAAUUUUGAAUAUUUUUCUUCUACUUUUGUACUCAUUGAGAGGGACAACAUCCACUUCGUAUCAUACGGUUAAUAUUCAACAGGGUACCCUUAAGGGAGCAUCAGUCGAAACUGAUUUUGGAGAAUUUAUCUCCUUCAGCGGCAUUCCUUACGCUGAACCUCCAAUCGGAGAAUUGAGAUUUAAAGAUCCCCAACCAGCAAAAGCUUGGAAUGGAGUUCGAGAUGCAACAAUCGAAGGAGGAAUGUCAGCUCAAUUUUCCGUGUUCGAAUCAAAAUUAGUUGGUGGCGAAGAUUGCCUUUACCUUAAUAUUGCAACAAAAAAUUUAACAGGAAAAAAACCAGUUAUGGUGUGGAUACACGGAGGAGCUUUUUUGAUUGGUUCCGGAAGCUUCGAUGAAUUCAGACCAGACUAUUUCCUUCAACAUGAUGUCGUUUUCGUCUCAUUAAACUAUAGAUUGGGAAUUCUAGGAUUUUUAAACAUGGGUGUCGAGAGUUGCUCCGGUAAUCAAGGACUGAAGGAUCAAAUUUUUGCCUUAAGAUGGAUCCAGGAAAAUAUCGAGGCCUUUGGUGGUGAUAAGGAUAGUGUCACCAUUUUUGGUCAAAGUGCAGGAUCAGUGUCUGUUCAUCUCCUCAGUAUUUCCCCUCUGGCGAAAGGACUAUUCCACAAAGCGAUCAUGCAAAGUGGAGCUGGUACGAAUCCUUGGUGUUCAUCAAAGUCGAAUGAGGAGUACGCUAGGAAAAUUUCGAGUGAUUUAGGAUUUACUUCGUCAAACAAUGCUGAAAUUGCUGAAUUUCUACGAACCGUUCCAAUUGAGAAACUGUUUGAAACCGAAAGAAGACUUUUCCCAACUUUUGUAACUAAAAUGCGAUACAAUUUUAUUCCAACGAUUGAUGAUAAAAGUGUUAAUCCGGUCCUACCACGACCACUACACGAAAUGAUUAAAAAUGGAAUAAAUGUUCCCGUAAUUAUUGGCUAUACUUCCCACGAAGGAAUUCCGAAAUUAGGUUAUCCUGGAGUUAACGAUCAUAUUAAGAAUCUCAACGAAAAUUUCCAAAAUAUUCUGUCUGAAAAUUUUCAUCUCAACUAUACCCUCGACUCAAAUUUAUGCAAGGAUGUAAGAAAUUUUUAUUUUAAAGAAAAUACGCUAAUAGACUUAAAGGACGAGAGUUUUAUUCAAUUCGAAAGUGAUUGGAACUUUGUAGCCGGAAUUUAUGAUGUACUAGAAGUACAAUCUCAAAAAGCAACACCAACCUUUUUGUAUAAAUAUUCCUAUAAUACGGAAAUUUCGAUUAUUAAAAUGUUUUUCAACUUGAAUAUAAAAGGUGCUUCUCAUUCUGACGAUCUCACAAUUUUAUUCUACAUGAAAGUUUUUCAACCAAACAUGCAACUUAAAAGUGGUACAAUCGAUUAUUUGAUAAUGCAACGUAUGACUAAGAUGUGGACAGAUUUCGCAAGAACUGGGAAUCCAACACCUGAGACUAAUGAUCUAAUUACGUCCAACUGGUCUCCAUAUAAUUCGAAUCAAAAAGUUUGUCUUCAUAUUACUGAAGAGCUAAAGGCUGAAGGAAAUUACGAAGAGAAAUCGUGGAAUGUGUGGAAACCUAUUUAUCAUAAAGUCUUUCCAUAAUUUAAAUUAAGG